AUGUCACCUGCACCGAGCAGCAACAGCAAGACUGAGCCGGCAUACCAGGUUCUGUCGUUUCAACCCCAUCAAGAAGCGAAGGCUCGAAAGUACAUCAAGCGCAAGUCGCAUCCCAAGUCUAGAGGCGGCUGCGUGGGGUGCAAGCUCAGCAGAGUCAAGUGCGACGAGGGCAAGCCCUCAUGCGCACGAUGUCUUCGCUGCAGCGCAGAGUGCCAAUAUGCUUCGCUAGAUAAACGCAAGAUAGCUCGCAAAUCCGCGUCGUCGAAAAAGGGACAAGGGAAAGAUGCUGCUGUCUUUACUGCCUGCACACCGCCGUUUGCAUUUACGCAGCCAUCCGCCGUAACGCUGGCCAACACUUGUCUGCAGUCCAGGUCUCCCGCGCGAGGCGUCUCGCGUGUCUCCCUUCUCCAUCACAUAACCCAGAACUUUCAGGCCGCACACGGCCUCGAGACUGUAUGCGCGCAGCUGCCUUUCGUCGUCAGCCUUGGCAUGAGCCGCCCGUAUCUCCUCGAUGUGACGCUGGCUGUGGCGGCCUGUCAUCUGCGACACAUGUACCAGACCAAUAGCAGCUCACACGAUGCCACGUCCGACACGAUAGCGGCCUGUCGAGUCGCAGAGCACUAUCAGCAGUCUCUCGCGAUCCGCGGCUUCAACCGCGCCUUGGCCGAGCCGCUUGAUCAGGAGAGUUCCGAUUCCGUCCUCGUUUCGGCCAUGAUGUUUAAUCUCCUGUCGUUUGCCCUGGAUGACGACGACGACCCUGCACUGUCUUGGGUCUUUAACCAGGCCCCCAAUCGCCUGGCUUGGUUCUCAAUGAGCAUGGGCCUUGCUCCGCUGCUGAUGAACACCAAGCAGUUUCACGACCAGUCCAGACUUCGCCACAUAUUCGACGCCUCCGAUGACGAUGAAAAGACGUACCACGGCGACGAUCCCAAGCCGCUCUCCAAGGUACCGUCUCACUGGCUUCGUCUGUGCGGUCUCGAUUAUGCGUCGGAUAACCCCGGGCACAUAUUUUACGAGCCAGUGCGAGUUCUCGCCGAGCUGUUUGCUACCCCUGUCAACAACCAGUCAUUCUUUUUGUACAUGGCAUUUUUCGGUAAAGUUGGCGUCGAGUUCCGCUCCCUGCUGGAGCACGACAGUGAGCCGGCCAUGUGGAUCUUGGGAUACUGGCUCGGACUGCUCUGCCGGUUUGACCACAUAUGGUGGCUCAGCGCAAGAGCUAGGAGGGAUUAUCGUGCUAUCUGUAUUUGGCUGGAUAAACGAAAAGUGCGAAGGCGACCUGGUGCAGAGGGCCUAAUGUGGAGGCACCUCCUGGUCGACCUUGAAGGUGCUACGCAGCAACCUUUGCAGGCAGGGACAUUGAGCUUACACAGGCCUGACCCGAUUGAAAUCCUUGAGUAG